AGUACUUGCUCAGCAUUUGUAACAGCAACACACAGUCUAGAACAUUAGCAAACAUGGAUUUCUAUUAUCUGCCAGCCUCAGCGCCCUGCCGCUCAGUUCUAAUGACUGCCGCUGCUGUUGGUGUGAAGCUCAACAAAAUAUUGUUGAACACUGCUAAUAAGGAGCAACUGAAGCCAGAAUUUAUUAAGAUCAAUCCACAGCAUACGAUUCCCACGCUGGUGGACAAUGGCUUCUCAAUCUGGGAGUCGCGUGCCAUUAUGGCUUACUUGGCUGAGAAGUACGGCAAGGAGGAUUCGCUGUUCCCCAAGGAUCCAAAGCAGCGUGCGCUGGUCAAUCAACGUCUUUACUUUGAUAUGGGCACGCUAUACCAGUCCUUUGCCGCCUAUUAUUAUCCUCAGUUCCGUUCAAGUGCACCCGCCGAUCCUGAGCUGUACAAGAAGAUUGAGGUAGCCUUUGACUUUCUGAAUACCUUCCUGGAGGGCGAGCAGUUUGUUGCCGGCAAGACGCUAACAAUUGCCGAUAUUGCUAUGCUCUCCACAGUUUCAACCUUUGAGGCUGUGGGCUUUAAGCUCGAUAGCUAUCCUAAUGUGGCCAAGUGGUAUCAAAAUGCUCAGAAGGUGACACCCGGCUGGAAUGAGAAUAUAGAAGGCAUUGCAGAUCUGAAGAAGCGUGUUGCAGAUUUGAAAAAGAAUUAAAUGUAGUUAAAACUUUUAAUUUAUAUAGCAUGUUAAAUAAAUGAGUACAUUUUAAUACAUAGAA